AUGGCGCCUGCCCUGACCUGGUCAGUAGUGCACCCCCCGGACCUGGCGACGGCGGCCACCAACUCCUCCUCCGAUACCGAGUCGUCCAGACCCAUGAUGCGCAGGUCUGCGCAUCUGACGGGCCUGGACACUCGGGCCUCGUCCGCGUUCAGGGACGCUCUGAGCUUCGCAGCCAGAGCGUCCGCAGUCGCGCCACUGGAUUCCCCGGGGAUCUCCAGCAUACGGGCCCCCGUCUGGGUGACUUUGAGCCGGAGGCCCCCACUUAGAGCAGGGGUAUAUAAUAAAUUGACUGAUGAUGAUGAUGAUGGUGAUGAUGAUGACAAUGAUGAAGAUGAUUUCGACGAUGAUAUUGAUGUUUAA